AUGAUUCCGAUUACCAGAAUGCCCUUGGUGCUGCUCCUGCUGCUGGCCAUCUUGAGUUCGGCAAAAGCACAGGUUAAUCCAGCUGUAUGCCGCUAUCCUCUGGGCAUGUCAGGAGGCCACAUUCCAGAUGAGGACAUCACAGCUUCCAGUCAGUGGUCAGAUUCCACAGCUGCCAAAUAUGGAAGGCUGGACUCAGAAGAAGGGGAUGGAGCUUGGUGCCCUGAGAUUCCAGUGGAACCUGAUGACCUGAAGGAGUUUCUACAGAUUGAUUUGCACACUCUGCACUUUAUCACUCUGGUGGGGACCCAGGGACGUCAUGCAGGGGGCCAUGGCAUUGAGUUUGCCCCCAUGUACAAGAUUAAUUACAGUCGGGAUGGCACUCGCUGGAUCUCAUGGAGGAACCGGCAUGGCAAACAGGUGCUGGAUGGAAGUAGUAACCCCUAUGACAUUUUUCUAAAGGACUUGGAGCCACCCAUUGUGGCCAGAUUUGUCCGCUUCAUCCCAGUCACUGACCACUCCAUGAAUGUGUGCAUGAGGGUGGAGCUUUAUGGCUGUGUCUGGCUAGAUGGCUUGGUGUCUUACAAUGCUCCAGCUGGGCAGCAGUUUGUACUCCCUGGAGGCUCCAUCAUUUAUCUGAAUGAUUCUGUCUAUGAUGGAGCCGUUGGGUACAGCAUGACUGAAGGGCUAGGCCAGUUGACAGAUGGGGUAUCUGGCUUGGAUGACUUUACUCAGACCCAUGAAUACCAUGUGUGGCCUGGCUACGACUACGUGGGCUGGAGGAAUGAGAGUGCCACCAACGGCUACAUUGAGAUCAUGUUUGAAUUUGACCGCAUCAGGAAUUUCACUACCAUGAAGGUCCACUGCAACAAUAUGUUUGCUAAAGGUGUGAAGAUCUUUAAGGAGGUACAGUGCUACUUUCGCUCUGAAGCCAAUGAGUGGGAACCUAAUGCUGUCUCCUUCCCCCUUGUCUUGGAUGACGUCAACCCCAGUGCUCGAUUCGUCACAGUGCCCCUCCACCACCGCAUGGCCAGUGCUAUCAAAUGCCAAUAUCAUUUUGCUGACACCUGGAUGAUGUUCAGUGAGAUCACCUUCCAAUCAGAUGCUGCAAUGUACAACAACUCUGGAGCCCUGCCCACCUCUCCUGUGGCACCCACAACCUAUGAUCCAAUGCUUAAAGUUGAUGACAGCAAUACACGGAUCCUGAUUGGCUGCUUGGUAGCUAUCAUCUUCAUCCUCCUAGCUAUCAUUAUCAUCAUCCUUUGGAGGCAGUUCUGGCAGAAAAUGCUGGAGAAGGCUUCCCGGAGGAUGCUGGAUGACGAAAUGACAGUGAGCCUUUCCCUUCCAAGUGAGUCCAGUAUGUUCAACAAUAACCGUUCCUCAUCACCAAGUGAACAGGAGUCCAACUCGACUUAUGAUCGCAUCUUUCCCCUUCGGCCUGACUACCAGGAGCCAUCCAGGUUGAUACGGAAACUCCCAGAAUUUGCUCCAGGGGAGGAAGAGUCAGGCUGCAGUGGCAUUGUGAAGCCUGUUCAGACCAAUGGGCCUGAGGGUGUGCCUCACUAUGCAGAGGCCGACAUUGUGAACCUUCAGGGAGUGACUGGUGGCAACACCUACUCAGUGCCCGCCAUUACCAUGGACCUGCUGUCAGGAAAAGAUGUGGCUGUGGAGGAAUUCCCCAGGAAGCUCUUAACCUUCAAGGAGAAGCUGGGAGAAGGCCAGUUUGGGGAGGUUCAUCUCUGUGAAGUGGAGGGAAUGGAAACAUUUAAAGACAAAGAUUUUGCCUUAGAUGUCAGUGCCAACCAGCCCGUCCUGGUGGCUGUGAAAAUGCUUCGAGCAGAUGCCAACAAGAAUGCCAGGAAUGAUUUUCUUAAGGAGAUAAAGAUCAUGUCCCGGCUCAAGGACCCAAAUAUCAUCCGCCUCUUAGCUGUGUGUAUCACUGAUGACCCCCUCUGCAUGAUCACUGAGUACAUGGAGAAUGGAGACCUCAAUCAAUUUCUCUCCCGCCAUGAGCCCCCCAGUGCUUCCUCUGGCAAUGUACCCACUGUCAGUUAUACCAACCUGAAGUUUAUGGCUACACAGAUUGCUUCUGGAAUGAAAUACCUUUCCUCUCUUAAUUUUGUCCACCGGGAUCUGGCCACACGAAACUGCUUAGUGGGUAAAAACUAUACCAUCAAGAUAGCUGACUUUGGAAUGAGUAGAAACCUGUACAGUGGUGAUUACUACCGGAUCCAGGGCAGAGCAGUGCUCCCGAUCCGCUGGAUGUCUUGGGAGAGCAUCUUGCUGGGCAAAUUCACUACAGCAAGCGAUGUAUGGGCUUUUGGGGUGACACUGUGGGAGACUUUCACAUUUUGCCAGGAGCAGCCCUAUUCCCAGCUGUCAGAUGAACAGGUCAUCGAGAAUACUGGAGAGUUCUUCAGAGACCAAGGGAGGCAGACUUACCUUCCUCAGCCUCCCAUUUGCCCUGAUUCUGUGUAUAAGUUGAUGCUCAGCUGCUGGAGAAGAGACACCAAACAUCGCCCCUCUUUCCAGGAAAUCCACCUUCUGCUCCUUCAACAAGGGGACGAAUGA